AUGGCCGAGAGCUUAGAUACUCAUCCACAGGCGGAAAAAGUACGCGGCCACUCCCUCCACCGUCUAGUGCUGGAGGAUUCGAUCGGACACCUGAGAAGGUUUGAUGUACAAUCUUCCACGCACUCCAUGACCAUGGCAGAUUUCAUGGAUAUGCUAGAGGACAUGUUUCACUCCCUAAACACGAAAGUGGCCUGCUACGCCAACAACAGGGAAACUGUUGAUGAGGCAAGAGUAGUCGCGGACUUCGUCCGACUGAAAAGCUGUGAAGAUGAGCCCGCCGAUCAGGAACCUUGCCCGACAGAAGACGAAACGAUCUCGCUGCCUAUUCACUUCAAUAUAGCAUGA